GCUGCGGGCGGGCUGUGACCUCACUCUCCCCAAUUUGUUUCUCAUCCAACACACGGAAAGCGAAUUGCCAUCCCAUCGAGUCAUAAUGUUCUGGCCCUACCCAUGAGGAAAUACGCCUUGAGAAUUCACAGUACCAAUCCCAAACCAUGUCGGACGACGAGGAUGCGUUAGUCAUCGCGGCGGAUGGCGACCUCAUCCUCGAUGUCGCCCAGGAUGAGGGCGGACAGCACUUCUCGUAUCGCGUAGACUCCAAGACUUUGCAGCAGAACUCGCGGUACUUUGAGAAUCUGCUGAGUGACCGCUUCAACGAAGGGCAGCGGCUGACAGCCGCUUUGGAAGCACUUGCCUUGGGUAAUUAUGCCAAGAUUGCAGAUGCGCCUGCCCAUGUGCUUCCUCGCAUAGCCAUCGUCAACGUCGGUCGUGUAGCCGUUGCCAAAGCCUCUUCGAUCCGAAAUCUCGUUGCAGACUUCCUCCGCGCCAUCCACGGCCUCGAUCUUGCCGUCACGAACCCGCCCAUAGCCAACCUCGCCAACCUCGCCGUUGUAGCCGACCGAUUCGAUGCUGUUGCGGGCUUGUCGAAGCACAUACAGAGGAAAAAAUACCUGCAGCUCAUCGAUGCCAAGUCGAGAGGCAAGCCAGCCCCAACGCAAACGGAAGAAAGGAUACGACAGAAGCUGUUAGUUGGUCUCCUCUUGGAUCAUCCAUCGUGGGUAACGCGGUAUUCGAAGCAUCUGAUCAUGCGCGACUCGGUCCAGUGGCGACCGGGGACAGAGGAGGAUCACACAAAAGCUUUGUGGUGGGAUAUACCAAACGGUGUCGAGGACGAGAUGAUACAGCGACGAGAGUACAUACUGGAAACGAUCAACUCUCUACAGGCCCAUUUCCUCAAGCUGUACACGUCUGGCGAACGCCAAUGCAAGCUCUGGUACGAUACAUCGCUACAGUGCGACUCGUUUCAACUAGGAGAGAUGGUUCGCUUCUUCUCCAAGAUCGAUACUAUACGGCUGCAAGGCAAAAUCUACGAUAAUACAGAGCCGACAUAUUACCUUGGAGACAUCGAUCGGCUCCUCUCAUCACUCCGCCAGUGUUCCAACUACCAGGUCGAUAGUAAUCACGGACAUUGCGGACUGCGCGGACGCAUACUCCCACUUCUUGACCUCAUACAAAAUUCGCUCAGUCUUGAUACAGGGAGUCUAGAUAUUGGAAUCUGCGCGGAAUGUUGGGACAACCACCGUAAUGAGUAUGCUUGGCAGCUAGCAAAGCGACCCGUCAUGUGGGCUCACCCAAAGUCUUUAACGGGUAAUCGGGCGCUUACCAAUGCCGUCGCGCGUAAGAGUCAUCAGAGGACACCAAGUAGUUGUCUCAGCAGGCAUGUGGCGGUCAGGGACCUUUUCAUGGCUGUGGAGCGCGACUGGACGGCGAGGGACGUGUAUUAAGGAGAUAGUACAUCAUCAAGGCAGCUUUUGAGGCCUUUGAGGCUCAUACAGAUACGGCCUCAAAACGCCUCGAUCAAGUGUUCGACGCUAGGACAGAAUCUUUGCCCAAUAUCCUGUGCCGUAGCCAUGUGAUAUGGUAGGCCCCGCAUGGAAUCCAGGUAUCGCAAAGUUAGAGAAAUAUGAGGUUUUGUGUCUGCCUUGGAACUUUAGUAACACACAGGAUUUAGGGAGGAAGGAAGGUUACUCGGGUUUGAGGCGCUGGGUGAGGAAAGCCUGUCCCGCAUAGUUCACCCGGUGCCUGCACCCUCGUGAUGCAUGUUCUUUGGACUAAGUACAAUGGUUCAUGCACCGUUUAACUCUCAAGUAUUCUGCUCGUGGUUCGU